AUGCAUAUUCUAACAGGGAGCGGCAUUGGUAGGGCUUGUGCUCUCCUAUUUGCUAAAGAAGGCGCUGCCGGAGUCAUGGUAGCCGAUCUUGCCGUCGACGCGGCGAAUGAUGUGGUAGCCGAAUGCAAAGCUGUGGCUACAAACAGCCAGUUCCAGGCGGAGGCGAUCCAAGUCGAUAUUACUCAAGAGGAUUCAGUUAGGAGGCUUAUGGGUCGAAUGAUCGAUGUCUUCAAACGCAUGGACUAUUGCGUGAAUUGUGCCGGUAUCGGCGUCCAAAAGGCGGUAGAUAUCGCAGGAAUGUCUCUAGCCGAGUUCCAGAGGUUCCUCGACGUUAACACGGUGGGGAUGUUUCUGGUAACACGCGAAGCAUCCAUAACGAUGCGGGCCCAAGAGCCUCAAGCUGUGUCACAGUCUUCUCCCGGCCGUGGAACUACACGUGGGGCUAUCGUCAAUCUAGGUUCAGGAUCUUCUAUGAUUGCCACCCCAGGCGUUCUUCCCUAUACUGCAUCUAAGCAUGCGGCGCUCGGGUUGAGUAAAAACAGCGCUCUCGAUAACGCGUCUCACGGUAUCAGGGUCAACUGUGUCUGUCCUUCGUGGACAGAUACCCCGAUGGUGCGGGAAGCUAUGAGUGGCGUGGAGGGCCUCUCUAAGUUCAUUGAGACUGCGGUGCCAAUUGGUCGGAUUGCAAUGCCCGAGGAAGUCGCUGAUGCAGUGAUAUUUUUGUGUAGUCCAAGAUCCAGCUAUGUUACUGGUUGCGGAUUUCUCGUAGAUGGCGGGACGACUCUAACAGCAUUGAGAUAG